CUUGCGAUUUGAGCUCAGCUGCUGCCCUUAGUCUGGCAGCGGGACAGGCAGCGAGCCAGCCCCCCGCCGGGCAGCGUCCUUGUAAGGCUGGGACAGAGGGCGACGGGCAGAGGGGCCCGGAGAGACGGAGACAGAGGAAGAGGAGAGGAGAGUCCGGCCCAGGACGAUGCAGGCCCUUCUGACCUCCCGCGUGGGAUCCCUCCGCUCCUUCGCCACCUCCACAUGCCACCAGAUGAAGAACAAAGUCCCCGAACAUCAGAAGCUCUUUCAGGCGGAUAAUGGCCUGCCCGUGCAUCUGAAAGGGGGCAUCGUGGAUGCCUUGCUAUAUCGACUCACAAUGGCCAUUACUGUCUUUGGCUCCUGUUACUCCGUCUUCUCGCUGGUCAGAGCUGCUUUCCCCCAGAAGAACAAAUGAGAUGGCAGCUGGACUAGCUGGUUCCCCUCUCCCCUGCCCCACAGGGGCCCAUUCGGGGCUGGAAGCAGAGAGCAGAGAGCCAUGCACUUUAAAAAAAACCCUACCCUCAUAAAUCAAUAAAAAGCACCUUUAAAAA